UCUUCCCCCUCCUUUUUCUUCAAUCUACCAUUUCUCUCUGACGACUUCACCCAAUUCAGAGUACCGUCUCUUCCGCCAUUCCUCACCUGCACGCUCUCCUCCGAGCAAGAAUUUUCAGAUCACACAACCUCAAGCUUUCUCCUCUCCGAAAAGAAGAUAGAACUCUGAAAUCCAAGUCCGAAGUAGGUUAUAAUUUGGCCCAUGAUGUGCUGAGGGUGAACGGAUGCUCUAAAAGAUGAGAGGAUAUUUCAGAAACAAAUAAUUUCUGAGUCAGAUGAUCACAGGUUCAAAUACAAUCAAUAUCAAUUGUUUCCCUUGAUUUGGGGUAGAGUGUAGACAGUUGUGACGAUGGGGCUGCUUAGCAUCAUUCGAAAGAUCAAGCGGAAAGAGAAAGAAAUGCGAAUACUGAUGGUGGGACUUGAUAACUCAGGGAAGACGACAAUUGUGCUGAAAAUCAAUGGUGAGGACACAAGCGUUAUCAGUCCUACGCUGGGAUUCAACAUCAAGACCAUCACUUACGACAAGUAUACCCUGAAUAUAUGGGAUGUUGGGGGCCAAAGGACAAUCAGAUCAUACUGGAGGAACUACUUCGAGCAAACUGACGGUUUGGUGUGGGUUGUUGAUAGUUCAGAUCUAAGAAGGCUUGAUGACUGCAAAUUUGAACUUCACAAUCUGUUGAAGGAAGAGAGGCUAUCAGGAGCAUCACUACUAAUUCUAGCCAAUAAACAAGACAUACAAGGUGCUCUAUCGCCACAUGAAAUAGCUAAGGUGCUCAACCUUGAAGGGCUGGAUAAAACUCGACACUGGGAAAUUGUGGGCUGUAGCGCAUACACUGGGGCUGGCUUACUUGAAGGGUUCGACUGGUUGGUUCAAGACAUUGCCUCUCGAAUCUAUAUGCUUGAUUAAUUCAUGUUAAGAUCUCUCUUGAUGUCCUUGGGUAUUCUGAAGCAUGUUUAUGGCACAGCUAAUUUAUUUGUUCAUUGCUUUAUGUAUCCACAUCUUAUCUUCACUGUGGGCGCUAAAUGUUGUGAACAAUGUAUCACGGGUUUUUGGGUAGACAAAAAUGCUUAGUUCUGUUGACCUCUGUGACUACUCUUUGAUGUGACCAUUCAAUAGUAAGGAGUGAAGUAGAAUGAUUCUGACAAA